AUGGCUGUAACAAGCUCGUCUACUUCUUGUGAUGCUUUCUUCAUCAUCAGCCUUUUGGUUAUCGUUUCUUCGUUGUUCGGGACAUCAUCUGCGCAGUUAAACGCAACGUUUUACUCCGGGACUUGCCCUAACGCUUCAACCAUCGUUCGCAGCACUAUUCAACAAGCUCUUCAAUCCGAUCCUAGAAUCGGAGCCAGUCUCAUUCGCCUUCAUUUUCACGACUGCUUUGUUAAUGGUUGUGACGGGUCGCUCUUACUUGACGACACAGGGACCGUCCAGAGCGAGAAGAACGCUGCACCGAACGUAAACUCAGCAAGAGGAUUCGAUGUUGUGGAUAAUAUAAAGACUGCUCUCGAGAAUGCUUGCCCCGGAGUUGUCUCUUGCUCUGACAUUUUAGCUCUUGCCUCAGAGGCCUCAGUGACUUUGGCAGGAGGGCCUUCAUGGACUGUGUUAUUGGGAAGAAGAGAUGGUCUUACGGCAAACCUGUCAGGGGCCAAUAACCUUCCCUCUCCUUUCGAAGGCCUCAACAACAUCACAAAUAAAUUUUCAGCUGUCGGGCUAAACACAACCGAUGUAGUUGCCUUGUCUGGAGCUCAUACCUUUGGGCGUGGUCAAUGUCCAACAUUCAACAAUAGACUAUUCAACUUCAGCGGGACGGGGAAUCCCGACCCAACUCUGAACUCAACGCUUCUCAGCAGUCUUCAACAGAUAUGUCCUCAAAACGGGAGCGGAUCGGGGAUUACCAAUCUCGAUCUGACCACACCUGAUGCGUUCGAUAACAAUUACUUUACGAACCUUCAGAGCAACAAUGGUCUUCUUCAAUCAGACCAGGAACUGUUCUCUAACACCGGUUCAGCCACCAUCGCGAUUGUUACUUCCUUUGCAAGUAACCAAACUCUGUUUUUCGAGGCGUUUGCUCAGUCUAUGAUCAAAAUGGGGAAUAUUAGUCCGUUGACUGGGAGUAGUGGAGAGAUUAGACAAGAUUGUAAGGUGGUUAAUGGACAGUCAUCAGCCACUGAAGCAGAGGACAGCCUUAUACAAUCUGGCUCCAUUGACCGAGAAUUAAACGCAACGUUUUACUUGGGAACUUGCCCUAAUGCCUCAACCAUCGUUCGUAGCACUAUUCAGCAAGCUCUUCAAACCGAUUCAAGAAUCGGAGCCAGCCUGAUCCGUCUUCAUUUUCACGACUGUUUUGUUAAUGGUUGCGACGCCUCGAUCUUGCUUGACGAUAGUGGAAGCAUCCAGAGCGAGAAGAACGCUGGUCCGAACGCAAACUCGGCUAGAGGAUUCAGCGUUGUCGAUAAUAUCAAGACUGCUCUUGAAAACGCUUGCCCCGGCGUUGUGUCUUGCUCUGACGUUUUAGCCCUUGCCUCAGAGGCUUCUGUGUCUUUGGCAGGAGGACCUUCAUGGACCGUAUUAUUAGGAAGACGAGAUGGUCUCACCGCGAACCAGGCCGGGGCAAAUUCGUCCAUUCCCUCUCCCUCUGAAAGCCUUAGCAACAUCACAUCUAAAUUUUCAGCUGUUGGGCUAAACACGAACGAUCUAGUAGCCUUAUCUGGUGCGCAUACGUUCGGACGUGCUCGAUGCGGAGUGUUCAGCAACAGACUAUUUAACUUUAGCGGGUCAGGAAAUCCUGACCCCACUUUGAAUACGACGCUUCUAAGCAGUCUUCAACAGAUAUGUCCUCAAAAUGGAAGCGGAUCGGGGAUUACAAAUCUCGAUCUGACUACACCUGAUGCGUUUGAUAACAACUACUUUACGAACCUUCAGAGUAACAAUGGACUUCUUCAGUCAGACCAAGAACUCUUCUCUACCACGGGUUCAGCCACAAUCGCGAUUGUUACUUCUUUUGCAAGUAACCAGACUCUGUUUUUUCAGACCUUUGCUCAGUCUAUGAUCAACAUGGGGAAUAUUAGUCCCUUGACUGGGAGUAGUGGAGAGAUUAGAUUAGACUGUAAGAAGGUUAAUGGAAGUUAA